GCGCUCGGAGGAAGGCGAAUCUAGCGACUCACGCGAUCCCGAACACACGGGACGCCGAGCCAUUAGCGCGCUCUCGCGCAAAGCGCACGCCGAUUGGCUCGAAUGGUGACAAAGGGCGUGGCGCCGCACGGUAGGCACUGUCGGUUUGCUGAGAGAUGGUCCCAGUACGGUGUACUCAGAGCGAGAGAAGGGGAAACUACGAUUCCCAGCAUGCAUUGCACCCACCCCGCCGCCGGGCCCUUUAAAAAUUGCAUCACCACGUCCGAGAAGAGCUCAGAUGCCUGUACUGCUGUGAACUGGAAGAGCAUUAGGUAUGGAGAGCUUGAUGGCUGGCUCAUCCCUACCCCCACUGUUUGCAGAUGAUGAUGGCUCAAAGGAGAGCAGUGAUAUGCCCACAACUGGGUUAACCCACUCUGAGGGGUCAUAUGGUGGAGGAGCUUCGCAGUCUGUGAACAAUCCAGAGUUUGUGGAGGACUUGUCACAAGUUCAGUUGCUGCAAAAUGAGUCUUCUAAUACAGCUGAAAGCAGCGAGCAGAGACUUGAAGAAGAGCAAAGAACUAAACGAGGAGGUUGGUCCAAAGGGAGAAAGAGGAAGAAACCCCUGAGGGACAGCAAUGCCCCGAAAUCCCCCCUCACAGGGUAUGUGCGAUUCAUGAAUGAGCGUAGGGAGCAGCUUCGAGCGAAGAUGCCUGAAGUCCCUUUCCCAGAGAUCACCAGGAUGCUGGGCAAUGAGUGGAGUAAGCUGCCUCCUGAGGAGAAACGGCGCUACCUUGAUGAAGCAGAUAGAGAUAAGGAACGGUACAUGCGGGAACUGGAGCAAUACCAGAAGACAGAGGCCUACAAAGUCUUUAGCAGGAAAGCACAGGACAGGCAGAAAGGCAAAUCACACCGACAAGAUGGAACGCGACAGACUGCCCACAACCAUGAGAAAGAAGCAGACACGAAGGAGAGGUCUGUUUUUGAUAUCCCAAUCUUCACAGAAGAGUUCCUGAAUCACAGCAAAGCACGGGAAGCAGAGCUGCGCCAGCUGCGUAAAUCCAACAUGGAAUUUGAGGAGAGAAACGCUGCCCUGCAGAAGCACGUGGAGAGUAUGCGCACUGCUGUGGAGAAGUUGGAGGUGGAUGUGAUUCAGGAGCGCAGCCGGAACACAGUGCUGCAGCAGCAUCUAGAGACCUUGCGGCAAGCAUUCACCAGCAGCUUUGCCGAAGUCCCACUACCAGGCAGUGGGGAGACCCCCACAAUGGACACCAUUGACUCGUACAUGAACAGACUGCACAGUAUUAUUCUGACUAACCCACAGGAGAAUGAGAAUCUCAUAGCCACAGUCCGAGAGGUUGUAAACCGGCUUGAUCGCUAGUGACUUGGGUCUCCUGGCCAGGGGUGUCUUACAAAAGUGAUUCAGCCAGUGAGGAAUGAAAAGCCAUGGUGGAAACAGACUGAAGGUUGGAGGCAGGACUUCAGGAUCUGUCCUGGUCCCUGCCUAAGCAAACUGUUUAGUGGGACAAACUGUUUAAUGAAUUAAAAGCUCCUAUGAAGCCACAGGCACCAGCCACUAAACAUUUGAACUAUCCUCCAUGUAAAGCUUUCAGAGCAUGUGACUGCCGUACAAUCAUCAGUUUUCCAUCAUUUCAGCUGGAUGGGGGGAUACCCACACACUCUGUGGACUGGACAAUAAUGGCGAUGAAUCUGCUUCCAGUCUGUGUAGUGGAGGCAGCUUUCGUGUUGUGGUAAUAGAGCUUUGAAAUGUUAUGUUGCUUUGUAUCUCUUCAUCCUUUCUGUGGGGUUUUCUUCUCCCUUUCCAGUUCUCCUUUUGUCAUUUUCUUGUUAGUUGAUGUUUGCUCACUGUAUAGCAACACCUGUAUUCUUUGCUGUGAUAGACACAGCCUUCCUUACUACCCCGCCUGUCGUGUCUUCAGUGCAAGCUUCUCUUUUUUGAGCUAGGCUGCAUCUCGUACAAUGAGGUUCCUUCCUGCUGGUAGUGGCUGUGACUGGCACUUCAUGAUGAGCGGCCCCGAAGGAAGGGCUCGCUCUUCCCCCCUCCCAGCUACUCUUUCCAAGCAUCUCUGCUGCACAUAUACAGUAUCCUGCUUGUCAGCAAGAUUCCACUGUUCCUAUCUAUUGAAAAUGUCUGGUGCAGCAUUUUACUGCUGAAAAGGUCAGCAGUAAUCAAGAGAGAAAGUGAAAGACUGGCUUCUCUCAGCCAGCAGAAAAAGUACAAAACUUUAUUUUAGACUAAAAUAAAACACGUCGCUUUUCUGUCCCCUGAGAUGUUGCUUUGUCUAAUAUGAUGUGAGCUGCAGCCUGCUUGAGCGAAUUAUGUUAUGUUCCAAGUCGUCUCUCCACCACAAAGGGAAACAAGCAGGGGAAUUACAUUUCCCUCUGCCCAUCUGCUGUUGUAGUGCUAAGGAACCAUUUUUAUAAAAGGGGCCUGCAAUGAAGUGCAACCGCAGAGAGCAACUUUAGCAGAGGUGAGCAAAUUGUGGCACAUAGAAUUCAGCAGUGCAGCCCAUGGUUACCCUCACCUUUAAUAUAAAAGUGCAUCUUCUGGAGACUACUGCUUCCUGCAUGGGAUGUUCCAACUUGAUCUGAGUGGCCUUUCACUCAUGGUGAGUGUCUUUUUGUGUGCUGAGAUCUGUAGUUUCUCUGAACUGCACCUCACCUGCUUGUCAAAGAUGAAGACGUCUACUGUCUGCACCGUCUUAUGCAAAUUAUUUGCAGCCUUUGGACUCCUGUCAAAUUAUUAGUUCAGGCUUCAGUUGAGAACUUCUUGAAUACCCUUGGGCUUUAUUAUGAUGGUCCAAACAUGCUCUCCGUUCUACCUGCCACCUUCCUACUCCUCCUCCAGAAAAUCUUGGGACUUUUCCUACCAUGAACUGGGAAUGCUUUUAUUACCUUGCCAUGCUGAUGCAAGCAAGAACAGUUUCACGGAUCUGCGGUAUAAGCAUCUGCCCAAUUUUAUAUUUGAAGAUUAAAAAGUAGUUCCCCCUUUUCCACUCUUUAGUGCAUACUGCACAGAUUUCACAUUUGCUUGAAGCCACCUCCAAGUCAAAGCCAUCUGUAUAGGGGCUCACUCACCCCUUGCCUUGCAGCUACUACCUUCACUGCAUCCAAACAGCAAGGGUUUGCUUAUAAGGUCAAGUCUUCCUUCAGGGACGGACGCGUUUUUGUAUUUUCUCUCAUCAUUUUUCAAGACUUCACCCACAAGAGCUGCAACUUGGGGCACUGACUUUCUUUUUCCUUAACUUAGGCAAGACCUAAGUUCCCUGUAAGCUGUGCAGCCUCACAGCAUCCUAUUUAGCGCUGUGCAGGUGCUCGGGGUACCCUCCCGAGGACCUGCUGCAGCCAGGGCGGCCCGAGCCCAGGGACAGCCGAAUCAGGCCUGGGCACAGCUGGGGCGUCGCAGCUGGGCCCGGACCCUGGGGUGGCCCUCCCCAGGCCCAGACCUACUAGGGCCGGGGGAGGGGCACCUAUCGUGCAGCCCCAGCUCCAGAGCUGCCGCGGCAGGGAGAGGCGCCUUUCCUCACCCCAGCCCAGGUGCUGCUGCAGGGAGGGAGAGCUGGGGGGUGUCCUU